AUUAAGCAAAUUAACAAAUUAAAGCUGAAUAAAAUAUGGCUUCCAUGAGCUCUACUCACGCUGUGACGCUGUUCCAGCCGCAGUUCGCGUUUUCCACGGACAAUGGAAACGAGCAGUUUUGCCUGGGCAAGGCACUAAAGUGCAAUGCACCGACAGUGGUUUGUAUGAGCAAACCACUUGUUACUGCUCCUUGCUCCUUCACCACUCGUGGCUCAGCCGUUGCGGGUCGGAAGCUGGCGUCCCGCCGAGCCAUCGCGCGCUCCCGCUUGGCAGCGGCUCCGUUCGCAAGUCUCAGUCUUGCGGCUGUGACCCUUGCGCAACCAGCACCAAAGCAGGAGACCGGCACGGUGGCCGGGAAACAGAAUAAGAAGAGUAUCGGAGAGGUCAUCUCUCUUGCCGGGAAGAAGGCCCUGUCGGGUGGUGUCCCUGGCAUGGUUGCUAUGGCCAUCCAGGUCCUAUCGCUGAUGUGGCUGCGUACCACAAUCAAUUACCAGUACCGUUACGGAACGACGACAAUGGAGGCUCUGAAGACUCUGUACGCGCAGGGCGGCAUCCCGCGCUUUUACCAGGGCUUGUUGCCUGCCCUGAUCCAGGGUCCGCUGUCUCGCUUCGGCGACACAGCAGCCAACACAGGCAUGCUAGCCCUGUUGGAGGAUGUUGACAUGCCGGUGGCGUUUAAGACCCUGGCGGCUUCGCUAGCUGCUGGUGCCUUCCGCAUUGUCCUAAUGCCCGUGGAUGCCUGCAAGACCAUCUUGCAGGUUGAGGGCAAAAGCGGCUUCAAGGCUCUGGUCCACAAGGUGCAGAUCGGUGGGCCCACUGUGUUGUUCCAUGGCGCCCUGGCCGCCUCGGCCGCGACCUUUGUGGGCCACUACCCUUGGUUCGCCACGUACAACACGCUGAACUCGAUGCUGCCCAAGUACGACGAAGAUUUGCCAAAGAAGCUUCUGCGCUCAGCUUUCAUUGGCUUCUGUUCAUCGUUUGUUAGCGACUGCUGCUCGAACUCGAUCCGUGUGGUCAAGACAACGAAGCAGACGGCCACCGUGCCCAUGACUUACGGGGAGGUGAUCAAGGAGAUUCUUAAGAAGGAUGGCCCCAGCGGGCUCUUCCUGCGCGGCCUGGGAACCAAGAUCAUCACCAACGGCAUCCAGGGCAUCAUGUUCAGUGUUAUGUGGCGCCUUGGCCAAGACUAUUGGAACAAGCGGGCGGCGGAGAAGGCGGCCGAGGAGAAGGCGGCGGCGAAGUGAGGUGGUGUCUCGAUACUGAGGUUAUAUGGUGUGUUAACCAGCGUCAUGCAAUUCUUAUCGAACAGCCAUCAACCAAAUGGCAUGCUUUGCAUGCCAGAAAACUGAAGGUUGCAGGGUGCAGUUGCUGUGUGAUCUUGUCGCUGUUUUGUCGGUGACAAGAAUCGAUAGACGGCGGAUUUGCUUGUUUGGUGCUUGUUUGCGGAUUUGCCUGUUUCGCGAUUUUGGCGCCGCACGCACGUAUCGCGAGUGUGGCGGGGAGUCUUGUGUAGUGGUUGGGAGGAUGGUAUUAGCUUUGAUUUGUGGGCAACGGACUGAAAUCGGAUUGUGCUCUCUCUAGCGUUGCAAUGUUCAACGCCGAUAAGAGGGGGGUUAUCGGCAGCAGCACGCUGACGUCCUCCCCUACUGGAUAUCUUGCGGCAGUUGCCGGGGCAUGGCUCCUGUGAUCCUGCUUUCAGGAUGCGGCGAAGGUGAUGAAGGGGGCUGUGCAACCGCCCAUGAUGAAUCCACACUAUCUGGCUUGGAAUGGCGUCCCAUUCAAUCAGUGUUGUAUUGGCUACUGCUGCCUUUUGGCGCCAUGCUAGCAAAUUGUUUAAAUUAAAUAACUAGGUGAUUUUGGUUUACCUGAUACAGGCAUGGCUGUUAUGCAGAGAGGAUUGUGAGCAAACGGGGCAGCAUGGAUUGAAAUGGUAGGGCGGCCUGCCUUCUUCGUUCCUCGGCAUCUACACAUUUAACCUCUGCCCUCGCCUUCCUGCCGUUAUUGGUAGUUUUGUUUGUUGGGAAACUAAUUGGUUCCAUAUUCGCGUGCUGGCUAGGCUAAUCCCCGCCUAUAAAGUAAUAACCUUAUGGAAUCAAGCACAGAAAGGAAAAAGGGUAUUAUUAAUGGCAUGAAUCGUCAUCAUACGUUUUUUACUCUUGACGCGCUCUGUUGUGAAUUGACAUGCGGGUCAAUCCGGGCGUUAUAGUCCUCAGUUUCAGUGUAUGUCGCGUAAUUGGAACGGAAGGGAGCAGGUCGUCUGGCCUUCUAUCUGUCGGUUGGCGGUUCGUCCGUUGGACGCGUUGGAUUUAUGAGUAAAGGAUCGAGAGAACUGCCACUCUGCGGUGAUAUUUAAUAUGUUCCGGUGAUGUUGCCGACUGCUCUGAAUUUCCAAGGUCCGCACGCCUGUCGCGUAAAAGAUUGAGGAUGGCGUGGGUAUGCAGUUCGCUAAUUUCUGUCUCUAGCCAUAUUGAGGCAGGGUGCGAUGUGUUGGGUCAACCAUCUUCAUUUUACCUGCUAAUGUUCUUCGUCCUGCACAGGCGGCGCAUGCAUAAUGGCAAGUAGAGCGUUCUGUUCACUCUUGUGUUCACUCCUUAUCGCCGCAUUUAAUGAUGAUCCGGCUCUCGACACACUAGUCUCCAUCGAUGCACCCAAGCCAUGUUUGCUCCCGAGGCAUUAAUCCAGGUGUUCCAGCUAAUGAAUGCCUGCAGGCAUGUGUAAUUUGAUGCUGAGCGGACCUGACUGGCGCAUGGGUUCUUUAAUCUCGUUAGUCCCGUUCACCUGUACAAGGAUUGGACUUGCUGACAACCUUUCCAUUUCAUCCCGCUAUCCGACGUGCUAUGCCCUGCGAGCCCUGGUAUGACUGCGGCCGGCGCCCGGAAAGGACAUGUGUGUCGAAACCUCUUUACUUAACCAGAGUGACUGUAACUUGCUGAUGUUUUU